AUGCUGCCAAAUCCGAGAUCUGUCGUUGCGCAGGGAUGGAGAUCGAUUGGGUCUCGCCGCAAUUUCUCUUCAUCGCAUGGUAGCAACGGAGAGACUCAAAGCUUGUACGAGGCCUUCAAGUCUUUGUACAAAAAUCCAGAGUCGAAGGGAUCAAUCGAGUUUAAGGAGAAGCUCAAAGAACGAGGUAUCGCUGUGCUGACGGGAGUUUUCUUAGGUUUUGUGACAAUGAGAAAACCUUCAUGGGAAAUGGCUAGGGGCUUGGAAAAGGAGAAAAGGAGGUAUGAGAGAUUACACUCAUCUAAUGAGAUGAAUUGA